AUGGCUGUCAAGAACGUCAACGUAUUCGUCAGUACCUUUGCUGGAUUGGGCCUGCCAUCGACACUGGUACUACCCGUUCCCUCGACGACGACCCUAUGCGACCUGCGACAACAGCUUGACGAGCGACUGCCCACCACAGAUAACCGCCUUAUCCUAACGACCGUUUCCAACAAAAAACUGUCAACGUCAUCCACCAAGCCAGUAUCAGAUCUUCUGUCGUCUACCGACGAUGACUUUGUUUCUCUGCGGCUCUCAGUCCCGCUCUGCGGUGGCAAGGGUGGUUUCGGAUCCCAGCUUCGAGCCGCUGGCGGUCGCAUGUCCUCAAAGAAGAAGCGCAACCAAGGAGAUGCCAACAACUCGAGCCGAAACCUUGACGGCAGACGUUUGCGGACCGUCACCGAGGCCAAGGCUCUGGCCGAGUACCUCGCCAUCAAACCAGAGAUGGAGAAAAAGGAGAAGGAGAAGCGUCGUGAAAGAUGGGAGCAGAUCGUCGAGCUUGCAGAGAAGCGCGAGGACGAGAUCAAGAACGGCAGCAAAGGUCGCCUCGACGGAAAGUGGGUCGAGGACAAGGAAGAGUCCAACGAGAGAACCCGCGAAGCGGUACUUGCUGCCAUGAAAGCCGGAAAGUACAAGGAUAAUCUCCUUGGUACGUCGCAAGGAUCGACAGGAUCAGAGGAGACGGACGAGGAGAUGAGUGAGGAGGAGGAGGAGGAAGGCGGCAGCUCGAAGGAGUCAACCCCGCCGUCGGAACCGGCCAAGGCGCCCAAGGAUAAGCCAAGGACGUUCUUUGGAUUCGAUGAGGAUGAUGAGUUUAUGAGUUCUGACGAGGAUGAAGUCAAAGGCAAGAAGAAGUGA